AUUGAUAAUUAUUAUUUACUAAUUACAAAAUGCCGCUAGCCAAAGAUUAUCUUCACCCGAGCCCAGCGGAAGAAAAGAGGAAGCACAAGCUGAAGAGAUUGGUUCAGAAACCAAACAGCUACUUCAUGGAUGUUAAAUGCCCAGGAUGUUACGCUAUCAAGACCAUUUUUUCACAUGCUCAGCGACCAGUUGAGUGCGAUGGUUGUCGUAUAAUAUUGUGCACACCCACGGGUGGCAAAGCUCGUUUGACAGAAGGAUGUUCAUUCAGAAGAAAGGUCCAAUGCUAAACAUCUCGCAUCUCUUUUCAUUGGUAAAUAAUUUAUACCAACAAACAAUACCAUGUAAUAAUUAUUUCAUUCUUGUGUUUAAUCCGUUCGAUUAUUUAAAAUGAAUACUUU